CGUUAGAAAAUGAGAAUGUUGAAGAAACAGAAGAUACUCUGUAAUAGUUUUAGUUUGCAAGUAAGACACUUGUUAGCCAUUUCCAAUGCCAUGGCCGAGAGACCAAGCUCAAAAGAGCUUGUUUGGGUAGGAAUACGUGCCACCCGUGUAUCAGAGUUGCAACAUCUCUUGCAGAGUAGUGCAAGAAAUAGAGCAGCCAUUGAAGGAAUGGCUUGCCAUGCACAGAUUAUUCGUGUUGGGUUAAGAGCAGAUACUAUAACGUCAAAUAUGCUCAUGAACAUGUACUCUAAAUGUGGUCUUGUUGAGUCCGCACGAAAAUUGUUUGAUGAAAUGCCUGUAAGAAGCUUAGUUUCAUGGAAUACCAUGGUUGGUUCGCAUACCCAGAAUGGGGAUAGCGAAAAGGCUCUUGUUCUUUUCAUGCAGAUGCAAAAAGAAGGAACCUCUUUCAGUGAAUUCACUGUUUCCAGUGUUGUUUGCGCUUGUGCGGCAAAAUGUUGUGUAUUUGAGUGCAAACAGCUGCAUGGGUUUGCUCUUAAGACGGCACUUGAUUCAAAUGUGUUUGUAGGGACUGCAUUGCUUGAUGUGUAUGCUAAGUGUGGUUUGGUAAAGGAUGCAAGCCUAGUUUUUGAGUGUAUGCCUGAGAGGAGUGAUGUUACAUGGAGUUCGAUGGUGGCAGGGUAUGUACAAAAUGAGCUUUAUGAGGAGGCUUUGGUGUUGUUUCAUAGAGCUCAGGCAAUGGGGUUGGAACAUAACCAGUUCACAAUUUCAUCAGCUCUAAGUGCUUGUGCAGCUAGGGCAGCUCUGAUUGAAGGGAAGCAGGUGCAGGCUGUUUUGUGCAAAACUGGUAUUGGAUCAAAUAUUUUUGUGAUUUCAUCUCUUAUAGAUAUGUAUGCGAAAUGUGGAAUAAUUGAGGAAGCUUACACUGUUUUUUCAAGUGUUGAGGAGAAGAAUGUUGUUUUAUGGAAUGCAAUUCUUUCUGGGUUCUCUAGGCAUGUUCGUUCUUUAGAGGCAAUGAUUUACUUUGAGAAAAUGCAGCAGAUGGGUAUAUAUCCAAAUGAAAUUACUUAUAUUUCUGUUUUAACUGCAUGCAGUCAUCUAGGUUUGGUUGAAAAGGGACGAAAAUAUUUUGACCUUAUGAUAAGAGUGCACAAUGUGUCUCCUAAUGUCCUUCAUUAUUCCUGCAUGGUUGACAUUCUUGGUAGAGCAGGGCUGCUUCAUGAAGCUAAAGAUUUGAUAGAUAGAAUGCCUUUUGAUGCCACUGCUUCAAUGUGGGGAUCACUUUUGGCAUCUUGUAGGAUAUAUCGAAAUCUUGAGCUGGCUGAAGUUGCAGCUAAACAUUUAUUUGAGAUUGAACCUCAUAAUGCAGGAAACCAUGUGUUACUUUCAAACAUUUAUGCAGCAAAUAAUAGGUGGGAAGAAGUUGCAAGGGCAAGGAACGUUCUUAAAGAGAGUAAAGCAAAGAAGGAGAGGGGUAAGAGUUGGAUUGAAAUUAAGCACAAAGUUCACUCAUUUAUGGUUGGAGAGAGAAACCACCCUAGAAUUGUUGAGAUUUAUUUGAAGUUGGAGGAUUUGGUAGGAGAGAUGAAGAAGAUUGGUUACAAGGCCAAGACUGAACAUGACCUUCAUUAUGUGGAAGAGGGCAGAAAGCAAGAACUUUUAAGGCACCACAGUGAGAAACUAGCUCUAACUUUUGGGAUAAUGGUCUUACCUCAUGGUGCACCUAUUAGGAUUAUGAAGAAUCUCAGGAUUUGUGGGGAUUGUCAUUCUUUUAUGAAGCUUGCAUCAAGUAUUACAGAGAGGGAAAUCAUUGUUAGGGAUACAAAUCGAUUUCAUCAUUUCAAGAAUGGGUAUUGCUCCUGUGGAGAGUUUUGGUGAAAUGCCAGUUAGGUCUGUGGUCUGUGGUAUUUUUUAAUCUUCAGGGUGUGGUUUACACAUUCCAGCUGCUGCUCAUAGUUUGGAUCCAAGUGCUCAUGCAAAAAAAGGUGUAAGAAUUCAUUUCAAUGAUCAUUAACUCAUUAUUCAAGCCAAUUUUGUGACAGUGACUGAAAUUUGGUUUCUGUUAUCAAAAGGAUGUAUAAAUCUUUGUCACAGCAGCUGUGUCCUUGCUUUCUGCAACCAAAAAAAUGUAACAUGCCGAAUUAGAGAAAAGACCUUGAUUUCCAAAGAACGUGGAGGGCUUACCAGAUUUCGAACUUGAUUAACUUUAGUCUUUUUCACAGUUACAUAGCCCAUGGUAAUGCAAAGUUUCCCACUUUAAGUUCUUCGGCUCAAGUUCAAUUUUUCUUGUGCUUCAUCAUAAGAGAUUGAUUUUAACUAGAGGUCAUCACUCACUUGACUCCUCUGUAGACCGGUAAAAAGGCGUUAUGCUUCGUAAUGAGAAGAGCAAAGUGAUGGAGUAUUGUGACAAGGUUAUGGCAUACUCGGCCCAUAAUAGUUGUAGAUGGGUCUAAAAACUGGAGCAGCUGAAGCAGAGGCCAAGAAGGAAGUGCGGAGCUUAUUUUGAUGCAAGGAGAGGUAACUGGGAAAAAAGGAUCUUAUGAAGCCCAAAACAACCCAUAAAUGACUUGCAAUGAAGCGCUAAUUCUUAUGAAUGAUGCCAGUCCAACAUUGAAAUGCAACAACAGUUCCUACUAUGCAAAUGACAUUGUGACGCUGCCAAUCAACUACACUGGAGUUUAGGAAAUGGGCUGAUUUGUUCAGACUCAGGGACAGCCCUGACAAAUUCCAAGUGUUGUGCAGCCUAAACGGAUGAAAUUUUAAAGAAAGCCCUUUCCUUCAAAUCUGAGGGGCCAAACAAACUCCAAUACGAAAUGAAGGAACGAAUCAGUUUAUCAUGUUGAAUUACCCUUUAGAUUUGAAAAGAUACUAAUAGACUCAAGUCAGCCAGGACAAAGGGUGAAGAGAUGUGCUAUUCUGUUUGAAACUUCGAAUACGUUUUAGGACUAAAAGAAAGAAGGUUUGUAUCGUAGACUUCCUGUAUCAAUGGCUUUGUUACUUUUAUCAAUGACUGAGUUAAUGGAUAAUGGCUCUUAUGCCCCCCCUCCUAAUUCACAUAGUUAUCAUAUUAGAGGUAACGGAUUGAUCAAGAGCUAGAUCUUGUAUUAGUUAAUUGUCAUUGGAACCUUAUAUUUGUUAAUUCUAGAGUUGAAAACAUGCUUAUUAUAGGCUCUAA